AUGCGGUGGGAGGUGAAGGCUCACGUGUACCGAGCAUUUCCCUCAGGCUACACACUGCAAGUGGUGCCAUCAGGGCCACUGCAGGGGACAGCCACCUCUGGGCAGGUACAGAACCAACCACCGGUGACAAAGCUUGCCACUGCUUCCAGGAAGCAUGGGGGCCAGUGGGCACCUUGCCCCUUGGGCACCACAGCCUGACCAGACUCUGGCUGACUCACCAGCAAGCCCUCCUGCACACCCCAGGCAGCUAGCAGUGCCUCCGUGAGCCUCAGGGACCUCAGCAUGCCAGUAUCUGUGCUGCUCUGCCUCACCCUUCCCUCGAGCCUCCCGGCUGCAGCUGAGCUGGCUCCAAGCCCAGUGACCACCCUGCAGAGCCAGAGGCUGAAGCAGGAGCCCCACUGUCUGCUGGCUGAUGUCCUGCUCUCAGAUCUGGCCUACAUUGUCAUCCACAUGCUCAUCUCCUCCAGCAACCUGGGCAAAGGCCUGGGCUGCAUCACCUGUGGUGUUCUCAUAGACGCUGUCGGCGCUGCCCAAAGCAGCACCACACUGUCCUUCAUGGCCACUGUGCUACACACCUGCCUGGCAGUCACUCAUCCUCUGCACUCACUCUCCUUCAUGCCUGUAACCUGUAAGGCAGCCUGGAAGGCAGUAGACCUCAUCUGGCUGGUGGCCUGCUUCUUCCUUACAUUUCUCAUUUGGCUCAGGGGGUGGCAGGAUGCCAGGUGGGAGGAGCGAGGGACCUCAUGUAUCUUGCAGCUGAGCCUGGGCACGGAGCUAGGCUGUGGCUCUCUGGUCACUGUCACCCACACUUGGAUCUUGUGCUUUCUGGCGAGUUGUCUAUGCACAGCUCUCACCACCUACUGCUUCUGGAGGAUCUACACAGAGGCCAGGACUCCAGGUGUCUGGGUGCAGGGCUAUUACUGGACCAGAGGCACCCUGCUUGACCACACACUGCUAACCACACUGUACGUUAGCCCAGUGGUAGUGUUUCCCUUGGACACUGUGCUGACCAAGCUCCACCACACUGGUGCCAGGCCUCAGGCAUGGCUCAUGGCAGCCAACAGUGCAGUGCUCAUGGUGCUUCCCCAUGUCACGCUCCCACAUCUGCACACACUCUUGCCACUCGCAGCUGCCGGAGAGCAUCUGGGGCCACUUCUCAUCAGGAAACACAGUGACAGCUUCACCAUUUCUCAGAGCUACAGGCUUCACAGUCUGGCAGUCUGA